AUGUCUGGCAGAUUGUUUACCCAAGAAGAGGCUGGCGAGUGCGAAGCCGAGGCAUUCCUAUCAGAAGAAACACAGAAGCACAACGUCCGACAAAAUCGUCUCUUGACCGCAAGAUCUCUGCAAAACAGAUUUGCGACUUCAUUGUUUGCAAUCAGUUGUGCAAUCCUGGGUCUGGCUGUGUGGAUUCACGUGCACCCAAAGCAACCGACAGACCAGGAUUGUGUGAGGAGACUCAACGCUCCUUCCCCGGUUCACGACGUGUUGGAGUACGAGGAUGUGCAGUUCGAUAACGCAUUCUGGAAACCCAGCCCGUACAAAGGCAAGCCAACGCCCGAGCUGGAGGCGAAAUGGAAGGAGUUAUGGUAUUACGGCUCGUUUGAUCUUCCGAGCUCGACGCUGCCAGCCCUGAACAAGUCUCCCAACGGCGUUGGCGGUGAUGCCUGGGCCCGUACGGCGUCCGGUAACCUACUCGCUGGCCUCGAAGUCUUUCACAACCUCCACUGCCUGAACUUGGUUCGGCAAUACGUGCACAAGGACGAUUUCGACUACAGCAACGACCCUGCUUUCAUUGGCGACGAUGAAGUUGUGCUUGCGCACGUCGACCAUUGCAUUGAGGCUCUCAGGAUACGGCUCCAGUGCUACGCUGAUGUAACGCCCUUCUUGCAUACUAAUGGAUCCAAAGGCACCCAGCCAGACUUCAACACACAACACCGAUGCCCCAAGUAUGAUCGCAUCGUCGAGUGGGCGAAAGAGCGACAGAUUAUGGUUGAAGUGCAUGGCGAACACGAAGAGCAUGGACAUUAG